AUGGCUCUUGAGGAAAACACAGUGAAUUACAUAAAGUCAAUUAUUUCAAAAGAGCCAAAGACAGGCUGGGAUAGCACUCAUAUUGCAGGAAAACUGUCUGAGGACCUUGUUAAUUUAAUUGCAGGGUCUUUUAAGGAUUUUGACAAACAAACAAAAUUAGAUAUUUUAUUGUCUUUGCUACAUUUAAAGAGUAGAGAUUUGAUUGCUAUUCGUGAAAACUUUGAAGAGAUUUGUAAUAUUGCCAGCAAAGACGAUGAUAAAUUUGUAAAUAUAAUAGCAGACAUCCUUAAAACAUAUCCUGAUACACAACAACUCAAUGUGAAUAUUGAAUAUUGGAAUGAACCUGAUUCAGUGCUGAACAGAGUUAAAUCAUUCAUUAGAGAAAAUGGCAUUCAUUUUCAUUCCCCUGAAUAUAUGUUAUUGGAUCCUAAAGUACGACCUGUGCCAACCGUAGCUUCACCUAUUUUUACAUCAUGGCAACCUACAGUAGCAAAACACUUUGAAUUGACCUCAAAUACAGAAGAUCUCAUUCACCCUAUUAAUCCUGGCGAUCAACUCAUAGCACUGGUAUCUAUGGAAGAACGCGCUGAACAAGUCGAAUCGUCUGUAGUAGCUGCUCAGAAGCGGCCUGGUCUUGAUAUGUCAAAUAUAGGAAAACGUAUGGCAGCUACUUCACCUACUGCAAACAUUCCUAAUCCAAUCAACACCUUUGCCUCUCCUCCAACAACUCCUACCUCUGGCAAUUUCCCAAGACCUAUCAGACCACCGCCCAGAGGUCCUCCUUCUGGUGGUUCAAGUUUAUUCAUAACAAAGCCUAGACAGAGGCCACCCACAGGAAAGCCUAUUCAACGUUCUCCAAGUGGAAGUAGGACAUCAGCUACUCUACCAAGAGGAUUUCAAAGACAACAAAGAGUGCAAAUGCUCGACUUUAAAGCUGCUACUGAAUUCGAACAGACUGCUGCUCAUGAAGUUAGUAGAGCAGAACAACGUUUGAGGGCGCAAAAAGAAGAGGUAAAAAUGGAAAAGAAGAGAAUGGCAGAAGAGAAGAAAGCAGAAGGAAAGAAAUCUAGAAAGAACUCACUUAGCACACCAACUACUGAGAAAACCCAAGAGCAGGUAGAACAAGCACAAGAGCAAGAACAGCAAACAGAUCAAGAUCAACAAAGACAGCAGCUAGAUCAACAAAUUCAACAGCACCUGGAUGCUCUAAGUAGUAAUAGCCAAUCACCACCACAACCAUCACCACAGCCAUCACCAGCUCAAUCACCUACACAUCAACAGCCACCAAGAUUGCCACAGCAGUUGCCUGUAAAAAAAGCUUACACUGGAAAGAAGACAGAUUUUUAA